GCUCGAGCGCCGCUGGGCUCGGAGCGCGCAGCGGCUGCGUGCGCGGCGGCGGCGACCGACGCCGCCCCGCGGGCGGGCGCGGCCGCCAUGGACGGCCUGUUCUCGGCCGCCUCCUAUGCGGUGUCGGCCACCGCGGCUGCGCCGGUUCAGGCUGGCGCCUUCGUGGGCGGGGCCGCCCAGAGGACGACGGGGAUGGCCAUGACCAAGGUGUCUGUCAAGAAGGAGAUGGCGAAGGCGCUGCUACUGGAUAUGGCCAAGCCGCUCCGCGACAGCGUCAUGCAGAGGCUGCGGGCAGUGGUCUUCGGCACGAUGCUGGACGAUCCGGACAUGAAGCCGGACAUGAAGAAGUACUUGACGGAAACAGUUGAGCUUUUCUGGGGAGAAAUCCAGGCUGAGAUCGAGAGCUCGAUAGAGUCCGCGAUGCUCGCGCAGCGAGAGAGCGCAAUCGAGAAGGGCCCAGAAGGCGGGCUGUUUUCCAUGGUGUGGCUCCGGGUCCGCAGGUGGAUGUUGUACCAUUACCUCCCCUUCGACAAGUCCAUAUUCGGGAAAUUCAAAGAUCCUGUGUACCUAGGGUUGUUCGCCGCGACAUGCCUCCCAAUACAUGGUCUGCGCAUCGGCAUCUUCGUUGUUCUGCUCCUGUUCCUCCGCUUUCCUGGCCCCGCCGACGAGUUCCAGAUGCUGAAUUACGUGGUCUGCUUCAAGGGAUUCCAGUUCCUGAGUGGCGGCUACAUCUGCAUGGCAUCUGCUGGGAUGACGUACUACAGCUGCUACUGCCAAGGUAAGGACAAAAUGCUCGAGUGCAUGGACACAUCGGGCCCUGGGGGUUACCCUGUGUGGGGCGAGGGCGUGGACUACCUGGGCAGCAUCGUGCUCCCAUGGAUCGCGAUCAUGCUCCUACGCGGGACGAAGAAAUACGCCAAGGUGGAAUUCCUCGGCCGCAGCAAAGCAAAGGCACAGCAGGGGGACCCCAAUGCAUCGGGCAACACUGCAGAAGCGCUACCAGAAGAACGGACUGCGGUGGACUCGAUCUGGCUGCGCAGGCUCGUCUUGUGGGACGUCAAGUGCUUCGCGUUCUCUAUAGGCGUCCUGGUGGUUGGCUCGCUCCUCUCCUGCGACUCUGUGAGAAGCAACCAAUUUGCUACCAACGUCUUCUGGUGCCGCGUUCUGUACUCCUUGCUGACGUUUCCGUGGACGAUGUUCGCGAUCCCUGCAACGCUACAAUUGCUCACGCACUGCUGCCCCACUGGCUACAACCACUUGGGCGCUUGCGUGAAAUUUGCCAUCAGCGCGGCGCCAGAGCCACCGAAGCCCAGGCGAAGGGCGAGCAACAUCCCCGGCGACGACAACGCCGCGGAGGCUGGCUGCUUCGGGGGCGCGGGCGGCUCCGGUGCGACCGGCGACGGCUUUGCUGCGGAGCCGGACGAGGACGAUGAGCCCGAGUACCACGCCACGUCGGGGGCGCAGUACGGUCAAGUGAACGCGGCACAGUCGCUUUUGUGUUCCUACGACAGGUUCUAGGUCGUGCGUGCUAUGCGGAAGAAUCGUCCGCUCUGUUGUGCGCCCGCACUUUGAUGAAAUGUGCUGGGUCAUGCUGGAUGCAGGAUGUUAUCCUGGAUUCGGCGCUGCGCGACCGCGCUCAUUCUAAAUCAUACUUUUCCCGCUGGCGAUUUGUCUGUCACAUCAGAGAUAGGGUUCUGGUUCCUGGCCUGCCAAACAGGCGGUCAUCUCGAUAUCUGCGCGCAGCGCUGCAGGACCGUGAUGACAUGGAGAGCCCAGUGCAGUCUUGUGGUUCGAUCGCAAGUGUUUGCCAUUAUGUAUUGUGCAUGCGUUGACUGAGCCGAGCCAGAUGCUGCCACGUUGUUUCCCGAGGCGCUCGCUUCUGGAGGGCACGCGACCUUAACGCGCAUGCCAACCCGCUCGCACGGCUCCUCUUGAUGGUCCGUCUUCUGUCUUCCCCUCCCCUCCGUUGGUUAGUGAGGCGCCUGAG